CGAUGUGCGCCAUUUUACCGCGUCCACAGUCAUCCGGCAAGAUGGUCCCUUUGCUUUGUCUCUCCUGACUGGAGUUUAUUUCGGUUUUCUGUCUUAAUUUGCUUUCAAACCAUCGAACGGACGGCAAAUUGUGUUGAAGUGGAUUUCUUGUAACAAGAAACAAUCUCGUCUCCGUCUGUCAGGAAAUGACGACGGUGAAAAGCUGGUAAAAUGAGUCUGGCUACUGAAUCACAUCAAGACCAAAUGGAAGAGAAGGGAGAGGAGCCCGGGAGCUCAUCAGAAAACAUAAAACCAUCUUCUUCUCGCAACAAAAGAAAGCCAUCUACAGUAACAAGGCACACAGGACAGAUUGCAUCAGAUGCCUCAGCUGACAGUGAAAAUGAAGCUGCCACUUCUGACAGCAAUAAAGGUACUUUAGUGAUGAGACCAACUGGGAAUGAAAAUAAAGGUGCCAUGAAGCUCAGAAUUGAUUUUAAACAGAAAAAAACAGACGAUACUCUUCAGAAGAAGGUGAACUGCACCGCCUGCGGAAAGCAAGUUAACCAGUUCCAGCGAAACUCCGUGUAUGAACAUCCUGCCCUCAAAGUACUUAUUUGCAAGUCAUGCUACAAAUAUUACACAAGUGACGACAUCAGCAGAGAUUCUGAUGGGAUGGAUGAACAAUGCAGGUGGUGUGCUGAAGGUGGAAAGCUUAUCUGCUGCGAUUACUGCAACAAUGCUUUCUGCAAGAAGUGCAUUUCUCGCAACCUGGGCAGAAAGGAGCUGUCGAGCAUCACCGAUGAAAACUCAAAGUGGCAUUGCUACGUGUGCCGGUCGGAGCCCCUCCAAGAUCUGGUCUCCAAAUGCCACCGUGUCAUGCAGAAACAAGAAAAUGUGGAACUCAAACAGCAAAAAACAGAACAUGACAAGAAGAAGGACAAGAGCAAAUCACAGAAAGAGCACAAAACAAUAGUCAAUGGAAAAGAACAUGUUGAAGGCUCGGGAACCAUGACGUUCUCCUAUAAAAACCUGCAGGUACCCAAAGAACUUAUAAAGAAAGCAAAGAAGCUUGUAGAAACUACAACUGGUUUGAAUCAUACCUUCAUCCAGUUCAUCCAACAAGGGACCGAUAAUCAGGCAGAUAAGACCAUAAGGUAUCGGCAUUUGAAGGCCUUCAAAGCAGUGCUCUCAGAUUUGAAAAAAGCCCACGAUGCUUUGGAGGAAGCUUUAAAGCCUGAGUUUAGACACAUGGAGUUGCAGAACGGUAACGAAGAGCAACCUACGACAAAGUUCAUAAGUGCUGUUGAGCCAGCAGAAAAUGAUCACAUGGACGGUGCUGCAGAUUCAGAGCUGGAGACUGAUGCAGCUAAAGAAGUGGACGGAGAACAAAGUAUUGAAGCAAAUUCAAUUUGUGAGGCAGAAGCAACUGAAAAUAUUGUCAAAGAGUUGCCCAAUAACAAAGAUUUGGUUUGUAAAGGAGACACGGCGAAGACAGCUAUAGAGCUGCCUAAUGAAACAGAUUUAUUUAAUGCUGAAGCAAGGGGAGAAGAAGUCCGAGAGCAGGUUGAUGAAGCCAAUUUAGGUUUUAAAGCACAAGCAAUGGAAGAAGAUAUCAAAGAGCUGCCUAGUGAAACAGAUUUGUUUAGCGAAACGGAAACGAUGGAAGAUGUGGCUGAGGAACAGCAAGACCUUAACAACGAAGGUUCCAAUCAGACAGAAAUGCAAGACCACCAAACAGAAACUGAUGAAACUUCAAGGGUAAUUAAAACUGAGGUCUGUGACGAUGGAUUACUGUCAGAGGAAAUGUCUUUAGAUCACGACAUCAUGUCUGUGCCUCCUUCAGUUCCUGAGGAGCUUUUUCAGAUGGUGGAGAGCCUUGCAGAUUCCUCCAUGCUCUCACAGACUGACAGCAGUUCGGUCAAAGAUACAAAGUCAAAUGAAGACUCACCAGAGUCUCAGCACCCUCCGCCAAAAGUAAGGAAUUUGAUAGUCAAACUGACUCCAGUACCAGUUGUGAAAAGCUGUAGGUCAAGGUCUUCUAGGUUCAAAAACAAAGAAAAAGAUGCAGAGUCGCUACAAAAAAGUCAAGAAGAUUCCGAGGACAAUAAAACUUGUGCCUCAAGUUCUGCAGACGGGACUGAAAGCCCACCAAUCACCCGCCACUCCGCUAGAGUAAAAACUACUCCUUUAAGGAAGCAGGCAGAGAAUGAGAGCAAAAGAGAGUCCUCGGAGUCAGAAUCAGAUGAGGACAUGAAGGACAAGACCAAAUCGUCCAAGAAAUCCAGUAGAACCACAAAAGAAGAUGUGAAGUUAGGUAAGCAGGCAGAAAAUGAGAUCAUGAAAGAGUCCUCAGAGUCAGAAUCAGAGGACCGGAAGGAAAAGGAUAAGUUGUUGGAAAAGGAUAAAUUGUCCAAGAGGUCCUGUAGAACAAAAAAAGAAGAUGUGAGCUUAAGUAAGCAGGAAGAAAACGAGAGCAAGAAAAAGUCCUCGGAGUCAGAAUCAGAAGACAGGAAGGAAAAAGCCAAAUCAUCCAGGAAAUCCAGUAGAACCAAAAAAGAAGAUGUGAACUUAGGAAAGCAAGCUGAAAAUGAGAGCAAGAAAGAGUCGUCAGAAUCAGAGGACAGGAAGGAAAAGGAUAAAUUGUCCAAGAGAUCCUGCAGAACCAAAAAAGAAGAUGGGAAAUUAGGUAAACAGGCAGAAAAUGAGAGCAAGAAAAAGUCCUCAGAGUCUGAAUCAGAGGAAGACGGCAAGAAAAAGGUCAAAUUGUCUAAGAAGUCCAGUAACACCAAAAAAGAUGAUGUGAAAAAGUCCAAGACUUCAGAGAAUAUAAUAGAAGACUCCGACUCAGAUGAAGUCCCUCCUGCAUUGCUGGAGAAAGCUGCAACAGGCAAUAGCACAGAUGAGGAACAGGAAUCCACAACAGCCAAAAAACAUUUGGUCAAAUCAAAUGCAUCCACAAAAGACACGGAGAAAUCAUCCAAACGCAAAAGAAAGUCUGAAAGCUCAGGUUCUGACGAAGAGAAUAAAAACAAGAAUACUUCUAAAAAAAAGAAACAAGGUGGCUCCGACUCUUCUGAUUCAGACUUCGAACAGGAGAAGGGCUCAAAGUCUAAAGCACAGAAGAAAAUAUCUGCAACGAGAAGAUCGAGUCGUGGAAAGAAACAAAAUGACACAAAGGAGGAACAACAGAGCUCACCUAAUAAGAAGGUUAGUCGAAAGCGGUCGUACGAAAAGAAGCGCAGAGAAAGGAGUAACAAAGCAGCACCCAAGCUACAAUUCUCCUCCAGUGAGGAUGAAGAGAAGGAGGAGGCUGAUGAAGACUCAGGAGAGGACAGCGACGAGCAGAAAAUCAAACCCAUUGUGGAGGAUAAUGUAGUUGGAAGCACUGGAGCUUUCCAUCAGUCCUCAGGAGAUGAAGUGGAUGCUAAAGGUGGCGACACUCAGAUUUGUGAAGAUGAUGAUGAUGAUCCUGAGAACAGGAUUGCUAAAAAGAUGCUCCUUGCUCAAAUAAAAUCCAACUACUCUUCAGGAGCAGAGAGCUCCUCUGAUAACGAAGAUGCAGAAAUGGAAAAUAAAUCCUCCAAAAAAGAUGAGGAGGGGGAGGAUGAUGACGACGAUGAUGAUGAUGAUGAGGACGAGGAGGAUGAAGAUGAAGAAGAGGAUCAAUCUGAAGACAAAACGGAAGACUCUUGUUCAGAUGUAGAAGUGAAGAAGAGCAGCAGACGACACAAGCUGCUUCGUCAUAAACUCUCCCUGAGUGAAGGUGAAUCAGGGGAUGAGAAAUCUGGUAGCAAAGAAAAAAAGAAGCACAAGAAAAAGUCUGGGAAAAAAGUAAAAAGUGACGACUCUCAAGAUUCAGACUUUGAAAAAUCAGAAUCCAGUUCUGAGUCGGGGGUGAGCGAGGAAGUUAGUGAAUCUGAGAAUGACGGCAAGCGUCGAAAGACCAGAUCUUCGAAGUUAAAGGAAGAUGGGAAACACAGAAGUUACAAGCAGCAGAAAAAGAAGCGACGCAGAAUCAAAGUUCAGGACGACUCCUCCAGCAACGAGAAGAGCGGAGAGGAAGAUGGUGAGGAGGACCCAGAUGGGGAUGGGCGCAAAGGCCGAAAGAAAAUCCGCAAAAUCCUGAAGGACAACAGCCUGCGGACAGAGACGAGAGACGCUCUUAAAGAAGAGGAGGAUAGGAGGAAACGUAUCGCCGAGAGGGAGGCACUCCGGAAGAAACUCCGAGAGGUGCUUGUUGUGGAUGAAACAUCCCAGGUGACUUGUCCCAUCACCACCAAGCUGGUGCUGGAUGAGGAUGAAGAGACCAAAGAGCCGCUGGUGCAUGUGCACAGGAACCUCGUCACAAAGCUUAAACCUCACCAGGUUGAUGGGGUUCAGUUUAUGUGGGAUUGCUGCUGUGAAUCUGUGAAGAAGAUCAAGAAGUCUCCAGGUUCUGGUUGCAUCCUGGCCCACUGUAUGGGUCUGGGAAAAACUCUGCAGGUGGUGACAUUGCUCCAUACGUUGCUGCUUUGUGAGAAGCUGGACUUCAGCACAGCUCUAGUGGUUUGUCCCCUGAACACCGUCCUGAACUGGCUCAAUGAGUUUGAGAAAUGGCAAGAAGGAUUAAAGGAUGAGGAGAGCUUAGAAGUGACAGAGCUGGCUACUGUGAAGAGGCCACAGGACCGAGCGUACGCCCUCAGCAGCUGGCAAGAGUCGGGCGGUGUUAUGAUCAUGGGCUACGAGAUGUACCGAAAUUUGACGCAGGGUCGGAACAUCAAGAGCAAGAAGCUGAAAGAGACGUUUCAGAAAACACUUGUAGAUCCAGGUCCAGACUUGGUGAUCUGUGAUGAAGGUCACAUCUUGAAGAAUGAAGCUUCAGCUGUUUCCAAAGCAAUGAAUUCCAUCAAGACCAGGAGGAGGAUUGUGCUGACUGGAACACCUCUACAAAACAACCUUAUUGAAUACCACUGCAUGGUGAACUUCAUCAAGGAAAACCUUCUUGGGUCGGUUAAGGAGUUCAGAAAUCGUUUCAUUAAUCCAAUUCAGAAUGGCCAGUGUGCCGACUCCACUUUUCAGGAUGUCCGGGUUAUGAAGAAGAGGGCUCACAUUCUUUAUGAGAUGCUCGCUGGCUGUGUCCAGAGAAAAGAUUACACAGCACUCACCAAGUUCCUGCCUCCCAAACACGAGUAUGUGUUGUCAGUCAGGGUUACUCCGCUCCAGUGUAAACUGUACAGACACUACCUGGAGCACUUCACAGGUGUGGGGAACGCUUUGGAAGGGGGCCGAGGCCGCGCAGGAACGAAGCUCUUCCAGGAUUUCCAGAUGCUGAGCAGAAUCUGGACCCAUCCCUGGUGCCUUCAGCUGGACUACAUCAGUAAAGAAAACAGGGGUUUCUUUGACGAAGACAGUAUGGAUGACUUCAUCGCCUCAGAAACAGAUGAAUCCUCCAUGAGUUUGACCUCUGAGGACGAAAAGUCAAAAAAGAAAAAGAAGCAAGGCAAGGGGAAGAAGAAGGGAUCGGAUGACUCUGACAGUGAUGAUGUGGAGGUCAUCAAGGAGUGGAACACAAGCUCCCGUGGCAAUAAAGAAGGUCGUCGAAACCGAGAAGAGCCUGUUGAGGAAUCUCGGCCGUCUGAUUCAGCUCCAGCAAGUCCCCACUCUGCUGACUGGCACAGGGAGUUUGUCACCGAGGCUGACGCGGAGAUCGUGGGACACUCUGGAAAGAUAACACUCCUCUUUGAGAUCCUGCGCAUGGCCGAGGAGGUGGAAGAUAAAGUGUUGGUGUUCAGUCAGUCUCUCAUUUCUCUUGAUCUGAUUGAAGAUUUCCUAGAGAUGUCUUGCAAAAUGUCAGAAGACAUGGAAGAAAAUGAUAAACCUUCUCCCUACAAAGGUGAAGGCAAAUGGUUCAGGAACAUUGACUAUUAUCGUCUGGAUGGUUCCACCAAUGCUCCCACCAGGAAGAAGUGGGCUGAAGAGUUCAAUGACACCAGUAACACAAGAGGUCGUUUGUUCCUCAUAUCGACGCGAGCUGGUUCACUCGGCAUCAAUCUGGUGGCUGCCAACAGGGUCAUCAUCUUUGACGCCUCCUGGAACCCCUCGUACGACGUCCAGAGUAUCUUCAGAGUUUAUCGCUUCGGUCAGGUCAAACCUGUUUACGUCUACAGGUUCCUCGCCCAGGGUACAAUGGAGGAGAAGAUUUAUGAGCGGCAGGUAACUAAGCAGUCUCUGUCAUUCCGGGUUGUGGACCAGCAGCAGAUCGAGAGGCACUUUACGAUGAACGAGCUGGCUGAGCUGUACACCUUUGAACCCGACACCCUUGACGAUCCAUCGGGGAAGAAGAGCAAAAAAGCUACACCUGUACUUCCCAAGGAUCCCAUCCUAGCUGAGAUGCUGCAGAACAAUAAGGACCAGAUUGUGUGCUAUCAUGAACACGACUCCCUGCUGGACCACAAGGAGGAGGAAGCCCUCAGUGAGGAGGAUCGCAAAGCUGCGUGGGCCGAGUACGAAGCAGAGAAAAAGGGUCUGUCCAUGAGGACCAACCAGCCGUCAGCAUACGCUCAGCCAGACAUGGGCUCCUCAAACUACUUCUCGUUCAACGUCGCAGCUUUGGCCUCCUUGAGCAACCAGCAGCUGGAGGAUCUCAUAAACCUGGGGCGGCAGAAAGUCAUUGAAGCAACGACUGCUUUGAAAUCUUUAGCUCGGGAGUCACUGGAAGAUAUAAUUGCCAGAGUGUGGAAGGAUAACGCGUCCCUCACAGAGAGCCAAGUCCAGUCUAUAGCUCUGAGGCACCAAGCCACUGUGGAGAUCGAGCUCAAGCGCAGAGAGGCCAUUUACCGGGACGUCCUCACCAAGCAGCAAUCUCUGAUGAUGUUCGUGCAGAAGCUGAUCACCAACAGAAAGGUGCAGGAGCAGCAGCUAGCCAUGGCUAACCAGGCCACGUUCCUGAACCAGUUAGCCAUGCAGAACGGCAUGAUGGGAUCGGGCGGGCUCAGCCAAAUGGACAUGAUCGGGCUCUACCAGCGCCUGCACGGCAUGGGUACAAAUCAAGGCAUGGGUACAAAUCAAGGCAUGGGUACAAAUCAAGGCAUGGGCAAGAACCCCGGACCUUCAAACAACCUGUAGGUCACACCAGACAGCUUCUCAUCCCUCCCAAGUCAAGUAGCUGGCUCCUUCCCCCCCCCCCCCCGUUCUGUAACAUACACACUGUGCGAGGUCGAAACGUACCGCUGGGUCAAGCAGAGGAGGAAAUGGUUCUGAGAUGAGGCUGCUGUCUGCUUGGGCCUCUUUAGAGUAGAUCGUCCGUGUUGUACUUUGUGAUUCACCGAGACGCGGUGGAAUAAGAUGUAUAAAUGGCAGCGUGUAAGGCUUGUUCAGAGUUCCAACAGGAAGAAAUGUAAAUACCGCCUUAAUGUUGUUCACGUUCUGUAGCUUCUUUUGUUCUGCAUCUAAAAGACAAACAGGUUUAACCCAUCAAUGCCUGUAAGCAUUGCAUUCAUUUUCCCUUCAAAAAAGGGUUUUCCCUUUUUCUUUAAACAUUUUUUUUUUUUAUAUAUAUACUCUUUUAAAAUGCGCGACAGCAUCUGAGUGGGACCAGGAUCGUUGGUGGUGGGACUCCGGGACAAAACAAGGCUCUGAUUAUUAGCCUCACUUUGUUCAUCAGUUAUCUAGCAAAGUAGACAGCUUUUAUUGCUGCUAAGUCCUGAUCCUUUCAGGAGGUGGGAGAAACUGAAAGAACAAUAAACAGUUAAAAAAAAAAAAAAAA